AUGGAUACUUCUGGAUCUCCCCCGCCCCCUGGGGUUAUCACCAGCAGUGCCGAUCGCAUGGUCGGCGCUGAGCACGCCGAGGUGCGCUACUUCACCAGCUAUGAUCAUCACGGUAUUCACGAGGAGAUGCUUAAAGAUGAUGUCCGCACGAGAUCCUACCGCGAUUCUAUCUACCAAAACCCUCACAUCUUUAAGGACAAGGUUGUCCUCGAUGUUGGCUGUGGUACCGGUAUUCUCAGCAUGUUUGCUGCUCGUGCUGGCGCCAAACAUGUCAUUGGUGUCGAUAUGUCCUCGAUCAUUGAGAAGGCUAAGGAGAUUGUCGCUGUGAACGGCCUCAGCGAUAAGGUCACUCUCCUGCAGGGCAAGAUGGAGGAGGUUGUUCUCCCUUUCCCCAAGGUUGAUAUUAUCAUCUCCGAGUGGAUGGGCUACUUCCUUCUUUACGAGUCCAUGCUGGACACCGUGCUCUAUGCCCGUGACACCUACCUCGCCCCCGGUGGCAAGAUCUUCCCUGAUAAGGCCACCAUGUAUGUGGCUGCCAUCGAGGAUGGCGAGUAUAAGGAUGACAAGAUUGGAUUCUGGGACAAUGUCUAUGGCUUCAACUACAGCCCGAUGAAGGAAAUUGCUCUGACUGAGCCUUUGGUUGACACCGUGGAGAUGAAGGCGCUCCUCACCGAGCCCUGCGAGAUCAUCACUUUCGACUUGAACACAGUCACCACCGCCGACCUGGCCUUCAAGGUGCCGUACACACUUACCGCCAACCGCCCCGACUUCAUUCAUGCCCUGAUUGCAUGGUUCGACAUCGAGUUCAGCGCCUGCCACAAGCCCAUCUGCUUCUCGACUGGCCCCCACGCCAAGUAUACCCACUGGAAGCAGACCGUUUUCUAUCUCCGGGAUGUUCUCACCGUUGAGGAGGGAGAGACUGUCUCUGGCUACCUCGAGAACCGCCCCAAUGACAAGAACAAGCGUGACUUGGACAUCAACAUCUCUUACAAGUUCGAGACCAACGACCCGACUCGCUUCGCUGAGGGCAGCUGUUUCUACCGGAUGUGCUGA